AUGCGCGCACGCUGGUGGACAGCCGCUCUCGCGCUCCAGCUUUCGGCCGCCGGCGGUCUAGCUCAGAACGACAACACCAACACCUUCUCUGCCGAGCUGGGGAGCCCAAGCCCUAUUUCGGCCACUCCGUCUGAACCCGCUUCUCCCCCGCCGAAUAGCAGCCCCGCGGAGAAUGUUGAUAUUCGACCAACUCCGACGGGUGCCCUCGACGCCGACUUGGACGUUAUUAUCACCGUCACCAAUACUGUUCGUGUGACUCGCACCGUUGAGCCUGACGAGAGCUCUGGGGUCUCGACAGCUACUCCCGAUGUUCCCAGCAAAACCAGGACUAGAACUCGUACAGGGACUCGCACGGGGACUCGUACGGGGACUCGCACUGGCACCCGUAGUCGCACCGGAACCGAGAGCAGGACUCGUACCCGGACUCGCACGCGGGCUUCUACUACUACCAGCGUCGAGUCUGUCACUACCACGGCGGAGUCUGUUACUAGCACUGCAGAGCCCACCACGGAUGUAACCACCACGUCGAGGGAAACAACGACGACGGGGGCUUCUGAGACUAGCACGGCAGAGCCCACCACGGAGGUGACCACUACCACGGGGAGGGAGACAUCGACGACGGCGGAGUCUGAGACUUUGUCGACGUCAACGGCGGAUGUGACGACGACUGAGAGGGAGACUACUACCACUGCUGCUACGUCGACUGAAGCAAGAGUUACUUCCGAGGUUGAGCAGACCACCACCGCGACGUCGGAUGAGCCUCCGAAGACGAUCGAGCAAACCAUCGCGCCAUCUGCAACAGCUUCUCCCGAACCGGCGUCUAGCUCGACCGAAGCGCCACAAGCCACUGACACUGUUCCACCGGUUCCUUCCGCCACAGAUGCACCUGUGCCUCCUGCAACGUCGACCGCCGAACCGGAGACCAGCAACGUCCCGGAACCAGUUUCAUCGGAGCCCGCGAGCACGGUUGCCGCACCCACGGUCGGGCCACCCCCAUCCCCCGAACCCGUUUCUUCGGAACCCGCGAGCACGGUGGCUGCACCCACGGUCGGCCCUCCACCGCCUCCAACGCCUGUCCCCUCUGAGACUGCGGCACCUGCCCCUUCCAACAUACCCACUCCCAUUCCUGAAACAACCCCACCACCCGCCCCCAAGCCGACCGAUCCUCAACCCUCCCCCAGCCAGCCCACAGAACAGCCCCCCAAAGACAGCACAACAGACAUCACAACAACACCCUCCACCCCCACCGCCAUCACCACCCCCCUCAUCGUGAUCCCCACACCCGUGGUCCAGAACCCCAAUGCCCUCCCCUUCGUGAUCCCUACCGCGCUCGCGCAAGCCGCUGGCGGUGCCUUCCCGGGCCAGGCUGGCGACAGUUCCGACCCACUCCCCGUUGAUGGAACCGUCCCGCUUUGGUACAGCGAGUCGGCGACGAAUGUUAGCGGUGCCGAUAAGCUGAAGUGGGCUGGAUCUGCUGUUGUUGGAGUUUGUGUGGGUGCCUUGCUGCUCGCGUUUUGA